AUGAAAAGAGCUUCUGCGGAUAUUCGUCAAUCUUGUGCUGUUUAUGAAGAGGCUAGGGCUAGCCUCAAACAUCAAACCUUAUUAAAAGAUUUCCUUCAAUUGCAGAAGAUGAAAAGUGCUUCUGUGGAUUUUCGUCAAUCUUGUGCUGUUGAUGCAGAGGCUAGGGCUAGCCUCAAACAUCAAACCUUAUUACAAGAUUUCCUUCAAUUGGAGAAGAGAUUGAAGAAGAAGAUGCAAAGGGCUUCUGCGGAUUUUCGUCAAUCUUGUGUUGUUGAUGAAGAGGCUAGGACUAAACUCAAACAUCAAACCUUAUUACAAGAUUUCCUUCAAUUGCAAAAGGAAUUUGUUUCUCAGAAAAGGAAAUUGCCGAUUCCAAAGCAAAAGAGAGAUACCCUUUUGGCCGAAGUUCGAUUCUUGAGUUGGCGAACAAGAUGUCAGUUGAAAUAUCAAUCUCCCAAAUUCCAACCAGUAAAAGAUCCUGUUCAUCGGCCAAAUUUGGUUGUAACACGAAAAAUGCAUGAAAGAGAAGGAAAUUGUAAUGCCUAUAAAGAUGCAUUGGAGAAUCCAUGCCCAGUUUGGGUUUCAAUUACAAAUAGGAGAGAUAAAGAGGAAGGAGAAGGGGAGGAGUAAGUAUGUAGGCAGGCAUUGAGAGUAGGAAAGAAACCUUAGAGUUACUUGCUUAACAACAAAAGAGUAGGCAAAGGAAAAUGUCAUGGCAAGAUCCAGUGACGUUGAAGGUGU